AUGGCAGCAGAGACUCUCAACUUUGGGCCUGAGUGGCUCAGGGCUCUUUCCAGUGGUGGCAGCGUGGCCUCCCCACCCCCUUCCCCCGCCAUGCCCAAGUACAAACUGGCUGACUACCGCUAUGGGCGAGAGGAGAUGCUGGCCCUCUACAUCAAGGAGAACAAGGUCCCCGAGGAGCUGCAGGACAAGGAGUUUGCUGCGGUGCUGCAGGCGGAGCCGCUGCAGCCCCUGGCCCUGGAGCCCCUGACUGAGCCUCCUCAGAGAAACUUCUCCCUGUCAGUGAACAGCGUGGCUGUGCUGAGGCUGAUGGGGAAAGGGGCCGGCCCCCCCCUGGCCGGCACCCCCCGGGGCAGGGGCAGCACGCGGAGCAGAGGCCGUGGCCGCGGUGACAGCUGCUUUUACCAAAGAAGCAUCGAGGAAGGCGAUGGGGCCUUUGGCCGGAACCCCCGGGAGAUCCAGCGCAGCCAGAGCUGGGAUGACAGAGGCGAGAGGCGGUUCGAGAAGUCAGCCAGGAGGGAUGGAGCACGAUCUGGGUUUGAGGAGGGAGGGGCUGGCCCGAGGAAGGAGCACGCCCGCUCAGACAGUGAGAACUGGCGUUCCCUCCGAGAAGAACAAGAGGAAGAGGAGGAAGGCAGCUGGAGACUUGGGGCAGGCCCCCGGCGGGAUGGUGACCGCUGGCGCUCAGCCAGCCCUGAUGGCGGCCCCCGAUCUGCUGGCUGGCGGGAACACGGGGAACGACGUCGCAAGUUUGAAUUCGAUUUGCGAGGGGAUCGCGGAGGGUGCGGAGAAGAAGAGGGGCGGGGCGGGGGAGGCGGCUGUCACCUCCGGAGGAGCCGAGGCCCUGACGGCUUUGAUGACGACAAGGAUGGGCUCCCAGAGUGGUGCCUGGACGACGAGGAUGAAGAAAUGGGCACCUUCGACGCCUCUGGGGCCUUCCUGCCUCUCAAGAAGGGACCCAAGGAACCCAUUCCUGAGGAGCAGGAGCUCGACUUCCAGGGUCUGGAGGAGGAGGAGGAGGAGCCCUCGGAAGGCCUGGAGGAGGAGGCGCCUGAGGCAGGUGGGAAGGAGCUGACCCCACUGCCUCCUCAGGAAGAGCAGCCCAGCUCCCCGUCCCCGCUGCCCACCUUGGGCCCACUGUGGGGGACAAAUGGGGACGGUGACAAAGCUGGGGAAAAAGAGCUCCCAGCCGCUGAAGAUGAUGUGAGGGGGCUCCAACUGAGCCCUGGGGUGGGCUCCGCGCCUGGCCCACCUGGAGAUCUGGAAGACGAUGAAGGCUUGAAGCACCUGCAGCAGGAGGCGGAGAAGCUGGUGGCCUCCCUGCAGGACAGCUCCCUGGAGGAGGAGCAGUUCACGGCUGCCAUGCAGACCCAGGGCCUGCGCCACGCUGCAGCCGCCACUGCUCUACCCCUCAGCCAUGGCGCUGCCCGGAAGUGGUUCUACAAGGACCCCCAGGGGGAGAUCCAAGGCCCCUUCACGACGCAGGAGAUGGCAGAGUGGUUCCAAGCCGGCUACUUCUCCAUGUCGCUGCUGGUGAAGCGGGGCUGUGACGAGGGCUUCCAGCCGCUGGGGGAGGUGAUCAAGAUGUGGGGCCGAGUGCCCUUCGCUCCGGGGCCCUCCCCGCCCCCGCUGCUGGGGAACAUGGACCAGGAGCGGCUGAAGAAGCAGCAGGAGCUGGCCGCGGCGGCCUUGUACCAGCAGCUGCAGCACCAGCAGUUUCUCCAGCUGCAGCUUGGGGGUCUGGGCUCUGCCCCCCUGAACCAGUGGGUGUCUGAGGCUGGGCCGCUGUGGGGCGGGCCCGACAAGAGUGGGGGCGGCGGCGGCAGCCUGGGGCUCUGGGAGGACACCCCCAAGAGCAGCGGGAGCCUGGUCCGCGGCCUCGGCCUGAAGAACAGCCGGAGCAGCCCAUCUCUCAGCGACUCGUACAGCCACCUGUCAGGCCGGCCCGUCCGCAAAAAGACCGAGGAGGAGGAGAAGCUGCUGAAGCUGCUGCAGGGCAUCCCCAGGCCCCAGGACGGCUUCACCCAGUGGUGCGAGCAGAUGCUGCACACGCUGAGCUCCACGGGCAGCCUGGACGUGCCCAUGGCUGUGGCGAUCCUCAAGGAGGUGGAGUCCCCCUACGACGUCCACGACUAUAUCCGUUCCUGUCUGGGGGACACGCUGGAAGCCAAAGAAUUUGCCAAACAGUUCCUGGAGCGGAGGGCCAAGCAGAAAGCCAGCCAGCAACGGCAGCUGCAGCAGCAGGCGUGGCUGAACAGCGCCUCCCUGCAGACAGCCUUCCAGGCCAAUCACAGCACCAAACUCGUCCCCGGAGAGGGCAGCAAGGCCAAGAGGCGGGCGCUGAUGCUGCACUCGGACCCCAGCAUCUUGGGGUACUCCCUGCACGGAUCUUCUGGUGAGAUCGAGAGCGUGGAUGACUACUGACCGGCCCGUCUCCCCAGCCCUGGGCUGUAGGCCAGGGGCAGCAGCGGCGGCGCGGGCCCUCGGGUCCCCAGCCUGCAGGCUCCCCCCGGGAGCAGCGGAGGAAGCAGGGGCAGGGUCCCCAGCACUUGCUACAAACCACACGAUGCACCUUAACUCACCCACCACGAGGCACUUUACAGACUGGGGGGAGGGGCUUUUUUAAUUUUAAGCGACUGAAGAAAACGUUAGGAGACAAAAAACUACCGUUAAAAGCUAGACUCUAACACCCGUUCUCUCUGGGGAUAGUGGGUGUGACAGUGGAAGGUCCACAGAGGUUUGUUUUUGUUUUUGUUUUUUUAAGAAAAAAGGAAAAUAAUGGAAAAAAAGG